ACGGCAUCGUUUCCUUUGAAAUUUGAAAGCGGAAAAAGCCAAAGCACAGGCCGGUGUCAACCACCGACGACGCCGUUUAACCUCUCCUGUGUAUCCAUUCAUUUUCAAAUUCAAUUUCUUCACCUGCUAAUCUCUCUCUCUCUCUCUCUCUCUCUCUCUCCAGCUCCGAGAUCGAACAGUAGCUAGUGAUAAGGUUCUCUCUAUCUCUAGCUUCACAACUACGCAAUUUCUAAAGUGCAGUCAUCGCCGAGUCAAGUCCAAGGAUCAUUGACUCGGAGCUGAGUUGGGGAUAUGGAGAAUCUGAUUUCAUUGGUUAACCGACUGCAGAGAGCGUGCACCGCUCUCGGAGAUCACGGCGAAGAGACCGCGCUGCCUACUCUCUGGGACGCCUUGCCUUCUAUCGCCGUCGUCGGCGGUCAGAGUUCUGGAAAGUCUUCAGUACUUGAAAGUGUUGUCGGGAAAGACUUUUUACCUCGUGGAUCUGGUAUUGUUACUCGACGCCCUCUUGUUCUGCAGCUUCAUCGGCUUGAUGAAGGUAGAGAAUAUGCAGAAUUUGGACAUCUCCCUAGAAGGAGAUUCACUGAUUUUGCUGCUGUCAGGAAGGAGAUUGCUGAUGAAACUGACAGAGAGACUGGACGUUCUAAGCAAAUUUCCACUGUCCCAAUAUAUCUUAGUAUCUAUUCACCAAAUGUGGUGAAUCUAACUUUGAUUGAUCUUCCUGGACUGACAAAAGUGGCUGUCGAUGGUCAGCCAGAUAGCAUUGUGAUGGAUAUUGAGAACAUGGUUAGGUCUUACAUUGAGAAGCCCAACUGUAUUAUUUUGGCUAUUUCUCCUGCCAACCAAGAUCUUGCAACAUCAGAUGCAAUUAAAAUUUCUCGUGAGGUGGACCCAAAAGGAGAGAGAACAUUUGGAGUUCUAACGAAGAUUGAUCUUAUGGACAAGGGUACUGAUGCUGUAGAUAUCUUGGAAGGAAAAGCAUACAGGCUGCAGUUUCCAUGGAUUGGUGUUGUUAAUCGUUCUCAACAAGACAUUAACAAAAAUGUUGACAUGAUCGCUGCUAGGCGUAGAGAGCGGGAGUAUUUUGCUCAAACUCCAGAAUACAAACAUCUUGCUCACAGGAUGGGUUCGGAGCAUUUAGGGAAAAUCCUAUCUAAACAUUUGGAAGCUGUCAUCAAAUCACGAAUUCCAGGCCUUCAGUCACUAAUUAACAAAACGAUAAUUGAGCUGGAAUCUGAGUUGAGCCGUCUGGGAAAACCCAUUGCAACUGAUGCUGGAGGAAAGUUGUACAUGAUCAUGGAAAUCUGCCGCACAUUUGAUGGAAUAUUCAAAGAGCAUCUUGAUGGAGUUCGUCCUGGUGGUGAUAAAAUAUAUAAUGUUUUUGACAACCAACUGCCUGCGGCCUUGAAGCGCUUGCAGUUUGAUAAGCAUCUUGCCAUGGAAAAUGUGCGCAAGUUAAUCACUGAAGCUGAUGGGUAUCAGCCUCAUCUGAUAGCACCUGAACAGGGUUAUCGCCGUCUCAUUGAAACUGCGUUGAUCACUAUCAAAGGGCCUGCUGAAGCUGCUGUUGAUGCGGUUCACGGAAUACUCAAAGAACUUGUUCACAAGGCAAUUAAUGAGACUGUGGAGCUAAAGCAAUACCCCUCUCUCAGAGUGGAGGUCGGAAAUGCUGCUAUUGAAUCAUUGGAUAGAAUGAAAGAAGAGAGCAGGAAAGCAACUCUACAGCUCGUAGAAAUGGAAAAUAGUUACCUAACUGUAGAUUUCUUCCGGAAGCUUCCCCAGGAUGUUGAGAAGGGUGGCAAUCCGACCCAUUCAAUCUUCGAUAGAUACAAUGAUUCAUAUCUUCGCAGAAUUGGAACAACCGUGCUGUCUUAUGUCAAUAUGGUAUGUGGAAGCUUGAGAAACUCCAUUCCAAAGUCUAUUGUAUAUUGCCAAGUCCGUGAGGCGAAACGAAGCUUGCUCGACCAUUUCUUCACUGACUUGGGCAAAAAAGAGGGGAAGCAGUUGGGAACAUUGUUGGACGAGGAUCCGGCGAUCAUGCAACGACGCAUCUCCCUGGCAAAGAGACUGGAGUUGUACAGAGCUGCUCAGGCAGAGAUUGAUUCAGUGGCCUGGUCAAAAUAGAGUUGAUGGGUUAUAUUGUUACCUUGUUUACCUAAUAUAAUAUAGCUCUUUCAUUCUUGGUGUGACCACUAUUCUUUGUAUGCUGACAACAUUUUGAGGUGUGUGCUUUAGUUGCGAAAUCCAUACAUACCUGCACUCCGCUUUUGUUGUAUAAUUAUGUCUUAAUUUUUUA